CCACAACUUGUCAUCCUCUUCUUCUGAGCACCUGUUCGCACCGUUGCGUUCUGCGAUAGACACAUCGAUACAGUUCUCGAGAAUAAUAGACGAAUGCGGUUGGCGACGCUGCUGUCUUCGCGGGAUGCGCACGCGCUGCAUGAGCUGGUGCUGCCAGUGUAUGCGCGGUCGCCGCCGGCAUUUCGCAUGAACUUGGAGCUGUUCGACGUGAGCCCGCUGUGGUCGACCUACUACCACAACCAGCGCUGGGAUGCGCCAAAGCCAGACGGACCUGCUUUGAUGCCGACCACGGUGUUUGACAGGCACCUGGUCCCGCUGCUGCCAGCCAUUCUGCUUGUACCGAGCGUCACUCACAACGAUCUCGAGCGCUGCGACUCUCCUGCAAGCUCAACGACCACCACCGCCGCCGCCGCCGCCGUCAUUCCUACGACGACUGCUACUACUACGAAUGAUGCUGCGAGUAUCGCGAGCACAUCGACCUCGGCCCAAGCCAUGUCCGACGAGACGCCUGCGCCCCAGAAUGACUCGUCUGCGUCAGCAUUCACUCAAUCUGAAGCUGAAGCGCGAGCUGAAGCAGCCAAAUCGCAGAAUCACAAUCUGGAAGAAGAAGCAAACUCACCCGCGCAGAAUGGUGAUGCUCCAUCGCAGGCGGAGAACAGCCAACCCACGACAUCCGACCCGAAUCAACCAGCCUCGAAAUCUGAGAAACCAGCAGCUACCUCAACUCCAACCACAACAAUGACAAGCUCAAAGCCCUCGGUGCUGACCGCAGACAUGUCGCCCCGUGAACGCCUGGUUGCAUUCAUGUCGCAGCCGGAAUUGAUUAAACAGGUGCAAUUCUUGUCGGAAGAUCGGCCGCAACAGACGAAGCUGCAUGGCCCGGCCGUCUCACACGCUCUGAACGACCAUCGAGUGCUAUGUGUGAAUUGCAUGAUGAGUCACAUACCGGGAGGGGCAGUGUUGCUGUCGGACGAGCAGGACGCCAACCUCGUCGCCGACCUCGCUUCGUUCGGUGCAAGCCCACCCAGGGCGACCGAGUGGCCGCGUUACAUGUCGUGCAACGUAUCGCACGCCAUCGCGACCAGCCUCCAUGCAACAAUGCCCAUCAGUUCUCGAGUGCCCAUCCGAGACAUUGUUUUUUCGCCCAUUCCCUUUCCGACGCAAACCCUCCAGGGGCCGGCUUUCUCGGCACCAUCCGACACAGCGUCCGUCUCGGCAUCCAUCCCGUCAACCACGCUUUCACCGCAGCUGAGCGAAGCCGCGCACGCAUUCGAUGCGCUUCAGCAGCUUCACUCGGACCCCUUGGUCGCGCACUUGCGGGAGGUUUGUGCCACGUUCGCCCUCGGCGGAUGCAAUCCCGCGCAAUCAAAGCAAAAACAGUACUACAGAGUCAACAGCUCGGCGUACCGUGUGUAUGAAGUGCCUCGCCCAGCGCCAAUCACAAACCCCGCGCUGGAUGUCGCCGCCAUGGCAACUGCAAUUCUGUCCGGCAUGCAACAAGGCAGCCUUGUCUACAUUGUGACGGAUUCGUUGACAGAGGUCAUGGAAGACUCGCCGGUCGAAGAGGAGUUGAUUCGCAUGCUUUCGGUCGCGCCCGGCUUGCCAGAAGCUCAAGCCGAGUAUCGCGGGAACGAACCACGACUGGCCAUGCACACGCUUCUGGAUUCGACGCAGCCGUCGCCGUUGUCGCCGCUUCCGUUCCUCCGGUGCGUCGUGUUUUCUUCCCGCGUCUCGUCCAAGCUGACACGGCUAUUGGUGCAACUGGGCGUCGAAUGCGUGAUUGCUCCAACUCUCAACCCCUCCCCGCACACGCUUGUGGCAAUGAAGCUCUUUCUGGACCGGUUUAUCUGCGACAUCCAAUGCACCAGCUUUCCUGAGGCGUUUGUGCAGGCGGCGCAUGCGGUUGAAAACAGCCGACCCAAGGAUUCCCCUCCCGACAACUUUAGCAUUCAUCUUCCGCUCCCUGAAUUGCUUUUGACUCCAGUUCCACAUUUGCCUCCUUCUUUGAAGCAAGAAGCGCAGGAGACGUCUGUCACGAAAUCGGUGCUGGGGCAGACUGCCAAGCUCCGCGUGCUCAUAAUCAGGCUCUCGUCCGUCCACGAUGCGACUCCCGCGCAACGCAACGUCUGGGGUGGGCGUUUCCAGGUGACUUUUUGCGACGCCGUCUACAAAGAGUGUACUGCCGAGUACCUGGAACAGCAAUUGCAUGCAUACAUGCCAGAUGUGCUGCACAUUUGCUACAUGGAUGCAGGCCCCAUUGACUACAGGCGGUUUUCCCACCCGUUACGCCUGUCGGUGGACUUGGUGGAAGUUUUGCGACGCUACCAACAGCGGAUGGAAGCGUUAGAGUUGCAGCGCAUGGGAAUGAUUGUGCUUGGUUGCCCUACGCUGUAUGCAGUGGGUAGAGCAGUUCACCGUGCUUCAAUCGUGCCCAUUGUGGUUUGCUUUGAAGGUAGUGCUGAACCCAAAACCAGCCUGCCCCAACGCUCGCGCGCGCUCGCCCGUGUCCAUGUUCUCGUCCAGCGCAAAGUGACCAUUCCGCUGCUUGCCCCGCCCAUCGGUUUGGGUGACACGAACGUAUUGGACCGACAACUGCAGCAGAUGGCGAACGGCUUAUUUGGCAAUGCCAGUGCCGCGUCGUCCUAUUGUGGACUUGUCGGCGCCAACCAUCGCAACAUGCAGUUGCGGAUUGACGAUCCUCAUUGUCAAAUGCACAUUUUGACGUCCUCCGCAGUUGAUUUUGUGCCAAACUCGCGAGGCUCUGGAAUUCUCAAGCAAAACGUAAAUUUCGAGCUGCCAGACGCGUAUCUCUUGUUCAACACUGAGCCGUCGACGUCAGUGCACUCGGAUCUUACAAUGGUCCAGGUUAUCUCUCAGAUUCUGAGCAUGUGUGCCCGUUGGUCUCCGCUUCUGGGAAAGCCCUCGCCCGCCCCAGCCUCAACUCCAGAAGCCCACUCCGUACUGGGCAAACCACCACUGACCUUCUUGCUGCUCACCAAAGCCGGGUACGGCAACAGUGCGGCGCGACAGCUGUUUUCUGCGUUCAGCAACCUGGGUCAGCUGCCAAAUGACCUCGUGCCCGUUCGGUUUCGGCUGUCAACCCUUGUCCAAAAACCAGCUACGGCCCUGCUGCGUCUGCUGCAAUCGAUCGGGCUCGACGUUGGUUUGCGGAGCUCGAGCGCAGAGGAUGGCGAGACAUUCUCCAGCGCCGCAAGUCGCAUCCGCUCCCGAGUUGUCCUGUUUUUGGAAGGCUUGGAUGAGUGGCUCGACGCCAAUCCGAGUGCCUCCUCUGCGACCAUUUGGGAUGUACUCGGCGUGCAACCAUUCUUUGUGCGGAUUGUUGCGUCUGUCUCGGCGGACUUUGCUGCAGGCCGGAUGAGUCUGGUUCGGCGCCUGCUGCUUCCUCCUGCAGCACUACCAUCCUCCCUCGUGGUAUUGUAUGUUGUUUCGCCGUCCCAUUGGAGUGACGGAGGCAUCCACCGGGCCGUCAACCCCAUCCUGGGGUUUGUGCAAAGCACUCCAGGGACAUCAACCGAGGCAGGCACCAGCACGUCCGACACGGCUGACAUCCCGCGCUGGGCAAGGUUUGAGCACAAGCUGCAAGGCUCGUGUGACCCAGUCCCGCAGCCCAUCUCUCAUCGAGCGCGCUGGCCAGAAGAGCUGUACUUGCAGUUUCUGCGCUGCAAUCCGUGGUCUGAGUGGUUUUUGCACGACCCUUGGACGGCUGUCGCGCUGUUUGUCUAUCUCUUGCAACCAUCGAUUGGGCGGGGAAUUGAGUCGCUCCAAAGUACCGCGUGGCUCGGACCUGCUCAUCGGAAGGUGAUACUAAUGACUUGCAUCCGGCAGAGCGCAUGCGCAGCCCGUGCAGCGUGCGACGCGGCCUUGCAGGUGGAGUGGUCGCCUCUCGAGUUUUGCGAGAAGAGCGUGACUUUGCUGUCGCAGCUUGCCCUUCUCAUGCAGGCAGUCAAGUGCAGCACGUUGCCGCUGGAUUCCGACUUGACGACCGCAAUGCAGUCGCUCAAUCCCACAGUCGCAAAAGUGUGCUCAGUUGCACUUGCGGCACUUCCCGAACUGUGUGAGCUGCUUGCGACUGGUGUCAUCCCGGGCAGCGCCUCUGGUAAGCUGUUGGCCAUUUUGUACACCGACCCGUGGCGCACAAUGCCCUUGUUUGUGCACACGCAGCACAAGGUCCUCGAGUUUGCAGACGACUUGCUUCGCGAUGCGCUGAUUGCCGAAAUCGUGGUGCAGCCGACGCGAGACGCUGAUUCGGUCACUUCGUCAGCCUUCUUGCCCUUCGAGUCCAUCGAGCGUUUGGCGUUGCUUCGGCCAGAAUGGGUUGGCAGCCGCACAUGCUUUUUGGCCAUGACUUCGGACGAAGCGUUCGCAUUCCGCGCGAGCUCGAUCGACUUUCUGCGGCGCGUUUGUGGCGACCAUAGUUCUGAUGGGCACAGCUGUGAGACUGAUGAUGAACCGUUGACUGCCACGGACACUGCCACUGCGGGGCCUGCUGUACAUGAGCAACAGGAGCUUUCAAUCAUGCGCGAGCAAUUAGAAACGCUCGCGCAAUCUCUGGCCCUCCCUCUGAAGGUGCUUCGCGACAGAGUCACCUCCGUCAUCAUGUCCAUCUUGAACUGGUCUACUGGCCCCUCGGCUCACAAGUUUGAAGGGUUGCAGCUGGAGGGAUACGACUGCUCGCACACCAACCUUUCGGGCGCCUGCCUGCAAAACGCGGAAUUCCGCGACUGCAAUCUCAGCCAUGCCACACUGACUGGUGCUGUCCUCGAUGGCGCCAAGUUCAUUGGCACCAAGAUCAGUUGCGCUCGAACCGAGGUCCAACCACAUUGGGAUGUGAUGCCUGACCCCACCACCACCACCGCCAGCAACGCCGCAUCCAAAGCAACGGCACCCUAUAUUGUUGCUUCGCACGUGACAUUCCGCAACUCGGCGCUAAUCCUCGUCAGUACCCAAGGCUCUGUUGUCGUGUACGACACCAGGCAGCCUGGCUUGAAGGAAGUCUGCCGAGUUCAACUGCCCGACAAUGUCGGAACGGUGCUUCACGUGGCAUUCCAGAAUUGCGAGUGCUCCGACACAGCGGGCAUGGACCGAUGUCGCAUUCUUCUUGCGUGCAAGAGUCAGAAGCUGCUGCUUGUGCAAUUCGCGCGACAGCCUGUCCCUGACGCUGCCGUGAUGCUUGAUAUCCCGCCCACCAUGGUCGCAGAGCUGGCCACGAUGCAAGAGCACUCGUCAUCGCAACCCAGCAACGCGUCUCCAUCCCACCAAGAGUCUGGCCUGGUACACUUGGCACUUGCUCGCGAUUUGGUUCAUGUCGUGAUGGUGUUUUACUUUCGCACUGUAGUGAUUGGGCGAUUGAAAAGGACCCGUGCCUCUUUCACGCUCGAUCACGCAUCCGUCAAGCAGUUUUCUCCGGCACAAAUGGCACGACCUGAUUGCGCCGUGGCCUCCCAUGUCAGGGUGACUGGCGCGGCCUUAUCGGCGGAUGCAACGACCCUGGUUGUCUUGCUGCAUACAUGCUGCGCCUUGCAGUUUACACUGUCCCUGCCCGCUGUGGAUGAAGGCGCUGUGGAUGAAGGCGCCGAGGAUUCAUUUCCCAAGAACGACUCGAACAGCGAGAUUGGUGCAGAGUUUUGUGGUCUGCUCGUGUCGAACACGGCACUAACAUCAGCAUCCUUCUGCACCAACCUCCAGCUCGUCGCAAGCACCUCAUCCCAGUCCUUGCUUGUGUUUGACCUGUGCUCCAAGGAUCACCUCCUCGAUGCAGCUGAACUGAGGGAUUUUGGCAACCAAACCGAAUCGGACCAGCAGUAUGGCAUUGACGGCGUAACCGGCUUGGCGUUUUCGUCCCACCUUCGUGCUGUUCGUGCGUGCUCUUCUAGCGCCAUGCAGUCUGCAAAUUUCUUUCGACCGGUUGCGUUUCCGUCGGGCUUUCUGUGUACGGAAGAGAAGGAAUCCCUUCAAUUCUGGAGGCACGAACCUUUGCAGCGAAUGGGAACGCUGCUCCUCCCAGCGGGUCACACGGGGGUCACGAGUGUCGCCAUUGUCAGCCAUGCUGCUUCCUUUUGCUCGGAUUCCGAGCCCUCUGGUGAAGACAUGGUGAUUGUUUGCUGUGGAACGCGUGUCGUCGUGUUUCCGUCGUUCGAGGCUUGGCUCUGCGUUUCCAAUCGCAUCUCCCCGCCUUCGCUCACCACUCGCUCGGCUGCGCUUUGCCUGCCGUUCAUGCACGUGAGCAAGCCACGUCAGUUUCCCCUCAUCCAGCAAGCAACGGCGAUGGCACUGUCGUUCCCCUCGAACGACGCGCCGCCCAUUCUUGCCGUCGCUGGUCAAGGCACCGCUAUUUACGUCCAGUUCCAAUCGUUUGGCAUCACGCACGUGAAUGAAUUGCACGCGCCUCCUGGCUCGCAGGUGGUUGCGCUCUCCUUCCAUGCCGAGACCCAGGAGCUGUUGGUCAGCACAGACUCGUGGGUUCUCUCCUUCCGAAUUUCAGAUUGGGAAAGACUGUAUGCGCGACGCACCCAGCCAUGGGCUGCCCUUGCGCUGUUCUCUGAGGCAAACGCACAGCCACCGCCCGGCUGUCCGCGUCGCGCCGUCCAAGGGCUGGCGCAAUACACGCUUUUGUUGACCGAGUCGCAGUUUGAAAUUUCUCCACUGCGCAGUGCCAAUAUGCUCAACAGAGCCCUUCAGUUCCCGCGUGCAGCCUGUUUGAUUGUGGGCGCCCCUUCCCCGAUCCACCGCGCACAAAAUUCCCUCUUCGCGGUCGGGUACUCGUCCGGAGAUAUUUUACUCUUUAACCUACGCACCCAAGAACGACGGGGAGAGCUGGCCGUGCAGGCACGCCAUGGCGCAGUGAAGAGCAUGCGCGCUUCGGACGAUGGCGUGUAUCUCGCAGCGACCUUUGAGACGGGCAGCGUGGGCGUUUGGAAUGUCCCGCGACGGACGCUGCUCUCCAUGCAUCGCGUUGUCUCUGCAGUAACUCCGCCCAGCCAGCUUUUUACGUUUGAUGUGUCGUUUGCGGGCGGAUCGCAUUAUUUUGUGGUAUGCUUCCACUCGACCGAGUCCAGCCGUGUGCGCGUCCUGUCCACAAUGAACGGUGCGUGCGUCGACAUGCCAAUCUCGCUCCCAUCUCCCAUCCACGCCACUUUGAGCAUGGGCACGUCCAGUGGCGCAGCCUUAGCUGUCGUCCAUGUUCUCUGCUUGGACGGCAGUCUGUACGUCUUCCAUUUGAGCAACCUCGAACGACAAUUGAGCGCCCCAGACGAGCAUUCGGCGUCCCGCUUCCUGUCCUCGUUCCGCAAAUCCCGACGCCAUCAUCCUUCGGAAGCACGCGCAAGCUGCAGCCUUGUUGACGUCAUGCGAGGUGUCGGUGGCUGGACAACCACAGGAUCGCAAGGUUUGGAGAAUGUCUUUGUUGACUCGCCGCUGCCAUCGCAGAGUCUAGACAAGAGCCAGACCCGUCCUGUGGAUGCUAUGGAUUCCAGCAACGAUCGUUCGACAAAUGUCGUGACUUUGGACGAGCCGACCGAGUCGGAGGACAUUUGAUUGAAUUGUUUUUUUUCUUUUUGCCGGCCGUG